GCUACUGGUACCAUGCCUUAUUAUCGAUAUAUCGUUGCCAUCACUGACGAAACAGCUGCGAAGCUUGGAAAACCGGACAUUUCACGGAUUUUGAAGGGAUUGCCGCCAUGCAGAAGAAACCCAUCAACGCCAACUCGCUCCUGGACAAGCUGCACCGCGGCGCCGUCUACGCCUGCAUUGGGGUCACCCUGUAUGGCACCUACGUCCUGGGGAUGCGCUAUUACCACUACUACACCGUCAUACGGCCGGAGAAGCAGCAGGCGGAACUGAAGCUCCUGGAAGAAGGGGCCCACGACAAGGCCAAGGAGCUGAAGUACUAGGAUGGCCUCGCCGCCGCCCCUUUAAUUGUUAAAUGUCUGUUAAGCGCAAUAAAUUGUAAGGAAAUGUUAGCAUUUCCAGUCGAAAUAGCCAA